UAGUCGCUACAUGGACGCCGACAUGAAAGUUCUUCCCAAAUCAAGAGUUACUGACCCUGGUUUUACUUCCCCCAAAUUUCUACACUCCAUUGCAGACUCAAUCAAGCUUUUGCCCAUCAAAUGGAACUCCUCGUAUAAUGUUCUUAUUCUCCAAACUGUUCAAAAUUCCUUCUUUGUCGUUCUUAUCAAACGUUCAUCGCCAUCCUCGUUCCUUCUCUUCCUUUUCCCCGCUUGCUCUAACCCUAAUAAACCAUGUCUCAAAAGCUUUUCACCAUAGAAACCCUUCCUUAUUGAAUCCUGAAUUGGCCUCAAAGUUACCUCCAGCUCACGUAAAGCACGUCCUAAUCACCCUCGAGUCCCGCCCUCAUUCGUUCAUCGACUUCUUCCGAUGGGCCCAGAAGUCUCUUCCUUCUCUCCUCCCUGCACAGUCCUUCUGUGCGCUCAUUCAUGUUUUGAUUCGCCACCGGAUGUUUGCUGUCGCCGCGGAGGUAUUCGACGAAAUGAUUCUUCGCUUCGGUAAGAAUUUCGACGUUUUUGGGGCCAUUCAUGAUGGUUUAUGGGAUUUUCACUCCAACCAUAGUGUUGUUCUUGGGUUCUUGAUGGAAAGUUUCUGUAGAAAUAGAAUGCUUGAUCGGUCUGCUGAGCUGCUUGUGUAUAGUAGUGAAUUGGGUUUGCUUCUGCCGUCCAAUUUAGUAUACAAAAUUCUGACUUCUUUGGUUGAUACAAAUCGUGUUGAUUUAAUUAUUGGUAAUUAUACUGGAUUAUGUAGAGCACUGAAAGGUCAAUGUUUAAGUGUAUAUAGAUUUGUGAUGGAAGGGUUUUUGAAGAGAGGUGCAGUUGAAAAUGGAAUCAGUUUUCAUGGGGCCCUGAUUGAGAGAGGUUUUGGUUUAGAAAUUACUGAUUGCAAUAAGAUUCUGAAGGGUCUUUGUGUCAGCAAUCAAAUAGGGAUUUCUGCUAACGUGUUUGAUAUGCUUCUAACUGUUGGGCCGGAGCCAAAUGCGGUGACAUUUGGUACGUUAGUUAAUGCAUAUUGCAAAGAGAAAAAACUGGAUAAAGCAUUGCAACUUUUUACACUUAUGAUAGAGAGGGGAAGGGAACCAGAUUUAAUAAUCUAUAGCACACUGAUUGAUGCCUAUUUCAAAGCAGGGAGUUUGAAGGAGGGAAAUAAAUUCCUCUCACUGGCGUUGGUCAAGGGUAUCAAGUUGGAUGUGGUUGCAAUUAGCUCGAUUAUGGAUGCAUGCAUAAGAAUUGGGGAUUUAGGUAUGGCAUUUAAGGUCUACAAGAAGAUGGUGAAGGAGGGAAUAUCACCUAAUAUGAUCAGUUACAGCAUUCUUAUCAACGGGUUGUGCCAAAAUGAUAGAGCUGUUGAGGCUUCUGGGGUGUUUUGUGAAAUUUUGAAAUGUGGUUUGGAGCCCUCACUUUUAACUUAUGGCAGCCUCAUUGAUGGAUUCUGCAAAGCAAAAAAUCUGAGGGAUGGACUUCGUCUGUAUGAAGAUAUGGUAAAUAGGGGACAUGAACCUGAUGUUGUUAUUUAUACUGUGUUAAUAAAUGGGAUUUGCAAACAAGGACUGAUUGGAGAUGCUCUCAGGUUCUUCUUUAAGGCUUUGAGUAGGGAUCUACAACCUAAUAUCUUUGUUUUUAAUUCCUUGAUUGAUGGUUUGUAUAGAUUGAAAUAUUUAGGUAGAGCUUUAAAAGUUUACAAUAUGAUGGAGAUGUUCAAUAUAAAACCUGAUCUGGUAACCCUUACUGUGCUUAUUAAGGUGAGUGUCAUGCAAAGGAGAUUGGAUUUUGCAUUAUUGGUUUUCUUCCAAAUUCUGAAGAGGGAUUUCACCCCUGAUGUAGUUACAUAUUGCACUCUCAUUGAUGGAUUCUGCAAGCAGAAUAAUCCAGUUGGUGGGUUAAAGAUUUUUGAGCUUAUGCUAAUGAAUAAUAUAGUUCCUGAUAUUGCAAUAUAUAACGUUCUAUUGAAUAUGCUUUUCAAGGAAGGUCAUUCAGUACAUGCAAUAAAACUCUUUGAUCGGCUUAUUGAGAUAGGACCAGAGCCAGAUAUUGUAACAUACAACACAAUGAUAUGUGGUUACUGCUUCUUGAAAAGGUUUGAUGAGGCAAUUUCAGUUUUUGAGAAGCUGAUAUCUGGUCAUUUGGGACCCAAUGCAAUUACUUAUACCAUGUUGAUUGAUGCUCUCUGUAAGGAAGGUAGAAUGGAUGACGCGGUGUCAUUGUUCUCCCAAAUGUUGGAAAAGGGCCUUACACCUAAUAUUGUCACAUAUACUUGUCUAACUGAUGGAUAUUUCAAAUGUCAACAUAUGAAAAAUGCAUUUGAGCUUUACAAGGAGAUGCUUGAGAAUAAUCUCUCUCCAAAUAUAGUUGGUUACAGUGUCCUUAUUGAUGGUCUCUGCAAACAGGGGCUACUGGGGAAAGCAUCACUUAUCUUUCAUCAUGCGUUAGACACGGAUUUAUUGCCCGAUGUAGUUGCAUAUACAAUUUUGAUUCGUGGUUAUUGUAAAGUUGGGAGAUUAACUGAAGCUAUGUUGUUUUAUGAGCGAAUGUUAAUCAAUGGCAUUAGACCAGAUAGCUUUCUUCAGAGGACUCUUGUGGAGUAUAAUCUUCAUAAUAUUGCAGUAAGGGAGUUGUAUGCAUAAAGAAACAAGUUCCUCAUCAUACAUGGUAGGAAAUACCCCUUCUAAACUUCCAACUGGGUGUUGCUAAAUGUACAGUACACAUAAUGAUUCAUACUUCCACUUGCUAGCAAAUCUUAGUCGAAAUCUUUACUGUAAAAAGUUUAUAAUAGCCUUUGAAAGGUUGCCACUUUUUCUUUCA